CAACUUUAUUAUCAGCAGAUACGUCGGGUUAAUCCAGCGGUGACGGUGAAAAGGAGAAAUAAACGAGAAAACCUUUGCACCGACUAGAAAACCCUAACCUGCGAAAGCUUGCCGGCGGCGGAGGAGUUGAAGUUCGGACCAAAAACGAAGUAGAAGAAGAUAUCGGCUAACCGUUCGGUUCACCCUAACAGAACCGAGAAUCUCGGGUAGCCGAGUACACUUUGCAAAGCUUCCGAUCGGUUCCUUUGGCUUAUUUGUUUGUUUUCUGGAGACUUAAUUAGCUGAUCCGGGAGGGGGAGAUCCUGAUAAGAGCGAGCAACAAUGGUAUUUAACAGAGAAGAGGCUGCGAGGGAGAAAAUGAGGGCUGGUGAAAUUGUACACAAGUUAUUGACGCGUUGCGUGAACUGUGGCCAUGGACAUACAUACUCGAGAGAAUGUAUGAACAGAGUUAUGCGCUGUACCGUUUGCCAGAAAUCUUACGUUGCGUGCAACAAAGGUGAUGAACCUAGUAGUUCAACCAAAAGGCAGAGAGGAAGUGUUGAGGAGGAACUCGUCAAGAAUGUUUCUGAGGUUGAUGGAUUUGAUGCUGCUGAGAGUGAGAGGACGAAAAGAGACAAGAGGAUGAAGCACAAGGCAGAGGAGGAUUGCGCUCCGGCUCAGCUCCAGAAAAGGAUGGAUGAAUUGGAAAAGCGUAUAGAUGAGUACACGCUUAAGCAACACGAGGGAUUUAUGCAUGCAGAUAUUAAAAAGAAAACGCAUGUGGUUAAGCCUGAGUCCAGUGACAUCAUGAAGGUCCAAGAGCUAGCAGUUGUAUGGAAAGAGAAGAUAUCAAGUAGACGUCCGAUAACUUUAUCUAACGAGGUGUUGGAUUUUCUGCACUUCAUUGGGGUGUAUAGGUCGCAGAUCAAUUCAUCAAUCAUCAAUCAAGAAGAGACUGCUCAGCUUGCCUCCCGUAUUGCACAUUACAAGCAGGCUCCAACACUAAUUCAAUCGCUUGGCCUCAACCAUUUUGUCCCAGAGUAUGUUGAGAAGCUUAUCAAGAUAGGCAUGUAUAUUCCCGCAGUCCGGCUUAUAUGUUUCUUUAAGCUUAAAAGCUUCUCUCCUUUACAUCUCUUGGAGAAAGAGAUCACCAAUUUAAGAACCCAAUCCAAGGUUGACGUCGAAGAUGGCUGGAGAUUGAGACAGAUGCUUGAACUUAUGGCAGAGUAUAAGCUCGAAAUCGAUAUUCCAGGAGAACUUCUUGUCAAGUUCAUGGAUCUUAAGACGACUCUCCGAGGUCUAGGCUAGUAAAACAACAUUGGAUCGGAGGAGACCUUGUGAACUCUAUAAUGUUGUUGUUCUCAUAAAUUUGUUUCACCUCUCGCAAGUUACAUUUUUGGGCUUGUUUAAUUGUGAGAAGUUUAUAUAACUUGUCAUUC